AUGUCUUCUCACAACACUUUCAAGAUCAAAAGCUUCCUGGCCAAGAAACAGCAGAAUUGGCCCAUUCCCCAAUGGAUUUGGGUGAAAGCUGGCAAUAAAAUAAAAUAUGACUCUAAGAGGAGACAUUGGAAAAGAACCAAAGUGGGUCUAUAA